GUAGUAGUAAGUAAACAUUUACUAUAAUGCUUUUGCCUUUCUCGGAAAAAGAACGGAUAUUCUCAGUGGACAGAAGGGUUUAACUACGAGUGGAGUUCGCUUUACACAUACAGGUAAGAAAGUCCCUAACCGUUACUUAACAGAGACGUAGCAACUCAUCUUUACUGAUUGGGUACCGGUAAAUUUCUAGUAUCCGUAGCCAUGAAUACCGUUAGAUCGCUUCUUACUCCGGAGAAACGCGCCAGGCUACGCGUAGAGUGAUUAUGCCAGAACUACUCUCGGUAAAUGAUGGUCGUUUAAAUAUUGUACACGGAAAAUAUGCUCUCCUAAUCGUUCCAGUGGGCACAAAAGGUGUAUCUUAUAAUUAAGGUUCCUAAGUACUCAGUCUCGUACUCGCAAUCUUACCUUGAAAGUCAGAUUCAUUUGGAGCACUUUUGACCACUUGAAGCAGGAGCAUGUUUACAUUCAACUGCUGUCGAUUCACUCAGUGAAACCACCCUCCCCGUCUGGGAAUUGAAGCUACAUUUCUUAUAUAUAGGCGAAUACUGCAUAAUGAUAAUUAUAAUAAUAAUAAACAACAACAACAACGAAUACAUCAAAAGAGUUCUCUCUGGAUAUGCUUGGAAGUUUUUGCAAAUCAUGGAAAAAGUUGUUGCUAGGUAGUCAAUGGGAUUAAUUGCGAUUCAUAAUUGCUGGUUUUCGUUCCGCGGUUACGCUUCGUUCAGUGGUUGGACCACUUUCCUGUGGGUCCUUUUUGCUAUUUGGAUGAAUUCCUAUCAUUUGUCUCGGUGGUUUUGCGGACUUUGUUUUGUUAUUUUGAGAUUUAGUACAUGCCUUACGAAUAGUUAGUUCGAUUUAGACGAUAAUUUGUAUCGUACAGUGGGUAACUUACACUUGAGAAAAAAAUUAGCAAGUUAAUAUCCAGUACUUUUCCUUUUCUAAUGUACCAAAAAUAUCAUUUCGGAAUACUUAGUAACGUUAACACUGUGAUGCAUACUUAGGUCACUGAGUACGCUAGUUUAAGCCUGAGAAAUCCGAGAAGGUUCCAAAGACCAUAACAAAAUGCCAUUUCUGGGAAAAAACGGAUGUAUCAACCGUAAGUGAUACGUCUAAAGUGCAAAGUAGUACGUCUAAAGUACGUCUAACAUGUAAAUAAUUUCUCUCGUACUUGCGUUCGCCUUUACCUUCGAUUCGCACUUCUAACUUUCUUAGCAAACCUGUUCAGUUUUCGCUAUAGACCGACGAGACAAUUAUUUAAUUAUUUGUUGUCGAGAAUAAUCAAGAUCUUGGUGAGACUGGUAAGUGUGCCUCGGCUUAUAACAUUUACGUUGACCUAGUUCUAGUUGAUUACUCUGGAAAUCACAAAAACCCUCCUCCAACAACUAAAGAAUUCCCUUAUAUAUACACAGUUGACCGCAUACCAAGGGCUUCAAAAACGUGUUAGCAUUUUCGAUUAGUGGAAGGUUUUAGAAGGCGUGAUAGACACCUAACAAGAGGGGGGAUCGGUUGACUUACAGUUUCAAAAGUCUAAUUUGCUCUGUCUUUUUUUUAAAGAAACAGGUUUACUAAGAGUUCUCCAGUGACAUGUCUGUUGAGACAGCUGAAGUCGAGCGACUGAAGUGGAGAAAGAUAGAAGUAGAAGACGUUGGAAAGAUUACAUUUGUCAGAGAUACUCCACAUGCAAAGUCAAACCAUUUUAUCGAGCAAAGCAGGCCUUACUUCCCAAAUGCAAAAUUGCCAACCUACUUCGACAGUCAGUGUUGCAACUUCCUAACCUUCGCAAAAUUGUUUUGUUUUGCGAGUCUCUUCGGCGCCUUGGCGGCUGCUGGUACGUCACUGCUCAUUCCUAUUUUCUUCUUCAUUGGUUGUUUGGCGCUUUUUGUCGUUUACUGCCAACACGAGAGAGUGAAUCAGAAAUCUCUGCCCACUGUCAUGACACAGCCCGUCAUUGCGAGUCAGAACUCCACAAACAGCUUCUAUGAAGUUACUGUUACAGAUCUUGACGGCAUUGCUUUGCAGAAUUACCAAGCUGGUGUCGGCUUCAUCACUGUUUCCCAGGGAAAGGUCAAGUUCCAGGCCUUCAACACGAAAGCGAUAGCAUACAUGAUGAGCGCAAGGUGCCAGUCUCGCCUGAUGAUGAUUCUCUUCUUAGCGUGCUCUGUUUAUAACUGUUACUUCGUGGUCGCUUACUCCCAGUAUGGAUUAAAUGCUCACUGAGAAAGAAAAAAAAGGAAAAUGAAAAAAGGCGAAGAGGAGCUUGGAGAGGAUUGCUUUUGUAGAUUAUUUCCUGGAAAAUACUUCAUUCUAGAGACUUUGUAACCAGUAAGCGUUGUACGUUUAACCAUACUAGAUAUAAGGACUAUCCGACAUUUUCUUUUAAACAAUUACGUGUUUGUCUGUUUAUUGCCAACCUGUCUUUUACAUCCUACAUUAUCUUUUUAUUACAAUGAAAAAUGUAGCUAAAGCAAAGGGAAACACAGCAAGCUCUAAAGAGCUUUAAUUGACUUUCCCCAAUGAUUUUUCAGCCUAAAUAGUUGGAAAAAAGGUGGAAUAAUGAGUUACACGUUACAUAAUUCAAGGUAUCAAAGAGAAAUAUUACCUGAUUGCUAAUCUAUGUAUAUGUUAUAUCGCACCUGAUACGAAGAAAAACCUAGCUACUCUGGAAACGAAAUUAAAAUGAUACCGAACAACGAGGCAAAGUGUCAGUUUAAGCUGAUGAGUGUAAAGAUUCGAU